GUCCUGCUGUGUCUCGGUCUGCUGCAGCAAACCCUGCGGCCCGCAGCAGCGGCUUCGUGUGGCCACGCAUGCGCAUGCAGACCUUGAAGCGGCUGAAGUCUAUGCCGCAGCAGCAGCAAAAGCAGCAGCAGCAGCAGCAGCAGCAGCACGAAGAGGAGCAGCAGCAGCAGGAAGAAGCAGCAGAUGAGAAAGAGACAGCAACUCCGCAGCACAUGGACACAGCGACCACCACAAUGGCUGGGACACCUACAGAAGCAGCAGCAGCAGCAGCAGCACUCCUCAAAGCCCUCCCAGUCCUGCGUCCCCUGCCACCAAGACAGAAGCCUUGCAGCGCAACGCCUCACACAGCAGCAAAGGGUUUAGAGUGUGCUGGAUUUGCAGUUGAUAGGGAGAGAGUUGCGUCCGCAGCUCUGAGCCGCCUCCAAUCUUGCGGCCCUCCUAAAGCAGCAGCAGCAGCAGCGGCAGCAGCUCCAGCAGCAGCAGCAGCAGCAACUUCGGCAGAAAGCAGCGCGGGGCCUCCACACCUGCAGCAGUGGCUGCGGGUCGUUUGCAAGCUCAAAACUGUGGUGGCUGUGGGAGAAGCUGACGACGACCCUUUGCUGCUGCAGUUUUUGCGUUAUUUGCAAAACGGAGAAGUGCAGUACACAGAAGCUGUAGUUCUUGCCGAUGAAGGAGGAGCCUGCGACUGA